AAGUCAAGUUCCUUUCUACCAGUUAUUGCCUGUCCUACAGACUGGACAGUGUAAAACGAACACAAUAUCAAACAAUUCAAUAAAAAUUUAAUCCUCUUAUUAAUUUAUCAAAUUGUUUAAAUUGAAUUGUCGUGAAUAAAGUACAAACUACUGUUUUCCAAUAAAUCAGAGUGAUUCACUAAUGCAGAUUACAUUUAUAUAUACUCGAUGGACACAACUGUUAUUACUUUAGAUCCAACUUGAUAUCAAUUUUUUUAAAGUGACACAUUAUGAAACAACCUAAUUAAUAAGACAUUUAUUCUGUUACGUUAUUUUAUUUACUUUUAUUCGGAUGACCUUUAGUCUUACAAAUAGCACGUGUAUUUUCGUUGACAAUGAAAAAAGUGAAGAUGAAUACGCUAUUGUUCUUCAUUCUCUCGAAUCACAUUUUACAUAUUUUCGGAAAAGUAACUUUAUUGCGCGGAUCCUUGGAUACUAACAGACCUAACAAAGUAAAAUUGAUAUGUCUCUCGGAAGAUGAUGGCGGCGCCCUUGUGUGGAACAACAAUUUAAUCUGGAAAUGGUAUUCUCCUGAAAAAAACAAUUUGCAAUUUCAGAAUUUAAAUGAUCCCAACAGUAAUGAGAUCAAUUGUAAAAUGGAUGCAAACGAAGACUGCUUGGAGUCAUGGAAUAAACAGACCUGGACUCUUACAAAUUCUUUAAAAACACCUAUGGGUCCGGUAUUUGAUCAGCGAUGGGAAGAAUUUCAACAAUAUGAUAAUCUUCAAGAUACUAAUUAUAAUUAUGUAGAUUUUAAUCUUAGUACCGAAGUAAAGAUAUCCUUUUCGAUUCGUGUCUCUCACGAUGCACAUAUAUUAAUUUGCAACAGUCAGAAUUAUAUCAGAGAUUCUUGCUAUUGGAUUAUAAUAGGAGGUUGGAACAAUAAAAUGUCCGUCAUACGAAAGUGCACAACAGGAAUACCUGUACCCGGAAAAUGGCCCGUAGGAAGUUGCAAGACACCGCUAGCUUUUUUCAAUCACACACCACUGUCCGAAAGUGAAUGGCGAUCGUUUGUAAUUAUGUGGAAUCCCACGAUGCACAGAAUAGAUGUUUAUGAUACUGAUAAGCUGAUUAUGGCAUAUGCAGACGAGGAAAGAUAUUUACGUUCAAGCAAUGAUUAUCAUAUGUUCAUUAGAAGUAAUGAAGCAAUGUUGUAUCGAUUUCAUAUAUAUGACUUUCUGCAUACAACUGUCGAGAAUGCAGUUUUAACAAAAUAUUUUGUAAAUCUUGAACUUGGUUCUAUUUAUUAUAUCGGUUUCGGCUUAGAUAUUAAUGGCGAGCAAAUACAUAGCAAUUGGGAAACAGUUGAGACUAAGUGCAAUUCGGCAGAUAGCUUUGAUCUAACGCCCGAAGAAAACGGAAUGAUAAUUAAUUGGCGAAUCAAUCCAAAUCAAUUAUAUUCGUGUCCGGCAGGAUGGUAUUAUCUGGAAGUACGCAAUAUAUAUACGGAUAAGCUAGUUCAUAAUUUAUUAGCUAAAUAUUUCCCAUAUAAAUUGCAAGACUUGCCGUCAUACACUUCUUUCAAUGUGACCAUAUAUCAUAAAGAUCACAAGUUAUUUUCCCAGGAAAUUCGUACGCUUGAAGGCGUCCCAUCUGAAGUGUCAGAGCUACAAAAAAUGUUAUCGGCUAAUACACAACUAACUCUGAUGUGGAGACCUCCACACGAACCGAAUGGAAAAAUAGUGCGAUAUGAAGUAAUCUUAAAGGUUAAAGAGUAUUACGGUUGUAGGGAUUUACAAAUAUUUAAGCCGUAUAAUCACAUUAUUACAACAAAAUUUACAAUAGAGCCAACGAUUACAAUUUCGGAUUUACAUCCGUACACAUUUUAUAGUGCGCAGGUCAUAGCUCAUAACUCACGUCAUUUCAGCACGUACACAGAGACAAUUUUCAACACAGUACAAUCUGAGAUACCAUCAGAAAUAUUUAGUCAGUUGAGAGUACAAGACUGGAAAUUGUCAUGGAGUCCGCCCGAAGAUUGUACAACAAUUUCGGGAUCAUUAAAAGCCAGAAUAAAAUCUCCGAUGAUACACCUGAGAUGGCAAAGUCCUCGUCCACCUCUCAACGGAAAAUUGCGAGAUUAUGUUGUCCAGUUUUGUAAUUCAAAUAACAGACAUUGCUCAUCAGUUAUUGCAAUAGUUCAAUUGUAUGAGUCUUGUGACUUGUGGGAUAAUUAUAUCUGCAAAAUUGUUGAAAAAUCGCCUAUAUUUACUCAAGAAAUUAAGGUUUUCGCGUACAACAUAAAUGUUACUGAACAUGGCCCUCCAAUUUUCGUGACUAAAGACAUGCUUCGUAAUACAACACCGGAUGCACCUGGGAAUUACACUUUUACGAUUAAUAACAACAGCGUGAUUGAUCUAAAGUGGCUUCAUCCUUGGAGGACAGGUCGUCAUCUUAAAUAUUUUCGCAUUCAAAUACAAGAAACUUCUUCAAAUUUGAGAAGGCGUCUUUCCCGAUCACUCGCAAACGAAAUACUCGAGUACCCGGUGACACAGUACAUGCGUAACUACAAUCAGCGAUUGUAUUUGUUUCCAUCAACGCAAUACUUUAUCUAUAUUCAAGCUGUAACAGUUGAGAAUAUAUCCAGCCCUACAAUGUUCGUGAAAAUUCGUACACCUUCAACCGCAGUUUUUGAUGAUAUUCUGAACGUCAUGGUAGACAAAUCCGAUUCCACAAUUUUAUUAAAUAUACCGACUGUCUCAAAUGACACUCAAGACAGCACAAUGCAUAUCAUUGUAAAGGGCCCUAAUCUCUGUGAGGAACAUUUAGAAGUACCUGAGAAACUACGAUCGCGAGCGGGCGUAAAGAUGAACGAAAACGCUUGGCAAGCUGCUGAAGUUUCGACGAGUGAAUUCGCUGGCGGACGAUUCAGAAUUGGUGACAAUAAUAUUUAUGGUACUGCAAGAAAUUGUCCAUUAAAACCUGAUGACACUUAUGAAAUAGUGAUUAUCGUAACUGAACGGAAUUCGUCCACUGAGCCGAUCGUACUUGCAAAAUCAGUCCGCGUCGGUGAAGUUCCACCGAAGCAUUACGAAGCAUGGCUCAUACUUAUUAUAUUAAUUCUCGUUGUGGCAGGUGCAACUUUUUACUUGUAUCGAAGGAAAAAGCAGAAAUUGACUGAGCAGCUAACGCAAGACGAGAUGAUUCUAUCGCAAAAUAUUGAGAACUACGAACACGAAACGAAGUCUGUGAUAUCGAAUUCAAAGCAAAAUCCUUCGACUCCUUCUGACAGACAUUCUCUAUCGCGGACAACCACUCCGGAAAUAUUGCCGAUUGCUAUCGCGAACGACAAUGAAGAGAAAAAAGAAAAGACAUCGUUAGUAAAAGUGAAAGAAUUCGAAGAUUACGUUAGACAGGCGAUACAGUCAGGGUUGCUCGAUAAGCAAUACGAGACAUUUCCAAGAGGACAAACUCGACCGUGGGAUUACGGGAAAUUACCGCAGAACAAAUCUAAGAAUCGAUAUGGAAAUCUUAUUGCGUAUGACGAAACGCGCGUGAUAUUGAAGAAACUUCCGGAUGACGCUCAUUCCGAUUACAUCAACGCUAAUUACAUUACUGGUUAUAAGAAGGAAAAGCGUUAUAUAGCAACGCAAGGACCCAAACCCAACACUGUCAUCGAUUUUUGGCGUAUGAUUUGGCAGGAAAACGUUCUUAUUAUUUGCAUGUUGGCAAAUGUGGUCGAAAAUGGAAAAACUAAGUGCGAGCAAUAUUGGCCGGAUAUUGGGAAGAAGAAGAAAUACGGCGAUAUUAUUGUGCUGAAUGCGAAGCACAAUGUCUUUGCUGAUUAUUGCUUUAGAACUUUCCACGUCACUUGUGGAGAGGAAACUCGAAAGAUAGAACAUCUGCAUUAUACGGCUUGGCCGGAUCAUGGUGUGCCAUUGUACACGCACUCCGUAGUCACGUACUUGAAGAAACUCUUGGCGACACCACCUGGAAACGGACCCGUAGUAGUUCAUUGUAGUGCUGGCGUUGGAAGAACCGGGACCAUCAUUUUGUGCGACAUUUGUCUCCAUCGUGCAGCGGCAGAAGGAUUAGUCGAUGUUUUUGCCGAAACGGCGUCCAUUAGAAGCGAAAGAGCUAAUAUGGUAGAUAAUAAACAGCAAUAUUUGCUAGCGCAUUUGGCAUUAAUGGAAUGUUUACUUUCUAUACCAACGACAUUGCCGUGUAAUGAGAUGUUACUGACUCGAAUUAAGGAGUUAAAGAAACAAUUGCCGAUUCAACAGCAAAGAUUACAGAAUACGGUAUGGCAAGAUGAAGCUCUACGACAAGUUGUUACGUCUCCACGACCGUUGUCGGAGCGUAAUCGGGCAAAAAACAGAUUUCCGGAAUUAAUUUUAGAUAAAGCCAGCAGAAUCUAUUUAAAGAGAUAUCCGGCAUCGGACGAGGACAGUGAUUAUCUAUCCGCCGUUUACGUAGAUGGAGUAAAACUUCAGAAUCAGUAUCUAGCCACACAGCUUCCCAUGCCAUCAACGAUUAAUGAUUUUUGGCGAAUGAUUGCCGAGUUUAAAGUCGAACUCAUUCUUAUGCUGCAGCCGCCUGAUUUUCAAGAUCCUACUUGCUGCGCCGUCGCUCCUGCAAGCGGCGAGUUUAAACCAACCCCAUAUUUGAAUGUUACAGCAAAGGAAGUUGUAGAGUUGGAAUAUUAUACGUCACAAAAAUUGCUGCUCGUUGAUAAUUCUGAGAAACCUUUGAGAGAACAGUUUGUUACUAUAUUGUGUUUGACGGAAUGGAAACCUGGAAGAGAUCGUUCACCACCACCGGUUAUGACGAUGGUCACCUUUUGGCAAGCUGCGGAGAGAAUUGCGAGAGGCGAUGGACCCACCGUCACGCUUUGCCACGAUGGAGUAACUGGAUGCGGUCUCUAUUUAGCAUUAAAUUUCCUACUGGAACGCAUGGCCGUUGAAAGAGAAUGUGAUGUUUGCUUGGCGGUACGAGCUGUCAGACGAUCAAGACCAGAUUUUGUUCAUUCCUUGGAACAUCUGGACUACCUAUAUGAUGCAGCAGUGACAUAUUUGGAAUACUUCGAAACCUACGCGAAUUUUUCAUAAAAUAAAAAUAAGUUAUCAAGAUAAAAUAAGCGACGUUAUGUUAUAAUAAAAAGCCGAAUGCAGUUGCAAUAUACAUAUAAAAUAUUUAAACUUUUGUAAAUGUUUUAAGAAAA